AUGAAUACAGAACCCAAACCACCUCGUAAGCAAGAUAAUGGGGAAUCUAUUCUUUCUGCUAAUAUUUUAGAUUCAGUUAGCAAAUGUGACGAUUGGUCCCAGAUUUCAAUGUUUAUGCCAUCGUGGCAUGAUAUUCCACAGCACACUGUUUGCAAUGAAGACAAAGAUAAGGAUAACUUUGUAGAAAAAAUCUCUAGCAGUACUUGCAUUGAGAUUGGUGAUACGGAUAUUGUGAACAAUAAACAUAAUUAUAAAAUAAUCACUGCUACACCUAAAGAUAUAAAUAUGUUUCAUGUAUCUUUUAACAAUGAAAAGAUACCAGAUAUAAGAAGCCUGGAUAAAAGUACUAUGACUUAUGAACAUACAAUUUCAGAAGCGUACAGAUGCAAAAAUGAAGAACAACAUUUUGCUUCAUUUAGAAAAAUGUUUAAAAAUGUUGCCAGAUCUGAUUUGCGAGACAUUUUUGAUAAAUGUCGUGGAGAUGUGAACUGGGCAGUGGAUAUUGUUUUAGACAGCAUGAAUAAUAAGUUGCUGGACAUGGUAGAAAAUGAAGAGUCAUCAGAUAAAGAGGAGGAAAUUAUUGAACAGUGUGAAUGUCUAGCUGCUUAUAAUAUUAUACCAGAUGGAGUUUCCCCAACCCCACAAAACACUCCAAAUAUAGAUGUCCAAGACAAUGCUAGUGUUAACAGACCUCAAAUUCUGAAAAAAUCCAAAAAGGAUACUGUCCUGUCAGAUAGUUCAAUGCAACUAAAACGGCAAAUUGAAAAGAAUGUAAACAUUGCAGAUAAUCAUUAUUCCGCAUACUGUUUAAAAUUAAGAAAAAUGCGCCACGGGGAGAUCGUGAAAGCUGGAACUUCUUCUAAUCAACAAAGUAAUCUCGACGGUGAGGAUGUAGGAUCAGGAUCUGUUGUGGUAUCAAGUGAAGCCACGACUGCUAGCGUAGUCAAUUCGGAUGAGGAAGAAGAGUCCACCGCUGAAUGCAUUGAUGAACCUGCUAAAGUUGUAAACGUAAAUGUGGGCAUGGAAUUUAUUACCAUGCUAGACGACAUGUUUGGACGAAAAGAUAUGAUCUAUCCGAACAAUGUGCAACCGUCUCUGACGAUAUCAGUGUCUGUAUUGAAUGAACUGAACGCUUCUUGGAUGGAAUCAUUAAUGUACCAACUUGAGAAUGAAUCAAAACAAAUGCAGGAGAUUAUCAAACAGGAUGAAGAGUUUGCAAGGGAACUAGCAUUAAAAGAAGAAGAACUACUCAUCGCAGGAAUGGAGCCAGCAGUGCCAGAUUUCAAGGAGAUCAUGGAUAUGGAUCUGGCUCUCAGUUUGUACCAGAAGGAUCUUGACGAUUGGCGUAGUAGUGAACCUCAAGAUUUAGCCGCCAAGAUGACGAGGGAGAAAUUGUAUAACUUGUUCCCGGAAGUAUCUCCGGAUGUGUUGGCUGAGCUUUUAGUAGCGCACCACAACAAUUUCCAAGCCACUGUAGAGUCUCUUUUAAUCUCCACUGGAAGGCACGAUAUCCUGGAGCAAGAAAACGGCGUAAACAAGUUCGUAAUGGAAAAGGAAAUGCAACGGCAGAAGAAAAUAUUGGAGCUAGAGAAGGAG